AUGCCGGGGAGCGAAGAUAACUCUACAGAAUUAGGAGAAAUUGAGAAUGUCAGGGUGGUAGUAAGAGUUCGACCUUUGAGCAGCAAGGAAUUGGAUGGCCGCUGCAAGAAUAUAAUAGAUGUGGAUGCAUUGAAUGGCGAAAUUACUAUAGAAAACCCAAAUGCAGCACAGGGAGAACCGCCGAAAGUCUUUUCCUUUGACGCAGUAUUUGAUACAGAUUCCACACAAGUAGACAUCUAUAAUGAGACUGCCAGGCCUAUAGUAGACAAAGUACUACAAGGCUACAAUGGAACAAUUUUUGCAUAUGGCCAGACAGGCACCGGCAAGACUUAUACCAUGUCAGGUGCUAAAACUUCUCCACAAGCCAGAGGAAUUAUUCCAAACACAUUUGCACAGAUCUUUGGGCACAUAGCUAAGGCUGAUGAAAAUCAGAAAUUUCUAGUACGAGCGACAUACUUAGAAAUUUAUAAUGAAGAAGUUCGAGAUCUUCUCGGCAAAGAUCAGAAUACUCGGUUGGAAGUAAAGGAACGACCAGACAUUGGAGUGUUUGUGAAGGAUCUGAGUGGAUACGUCGUAAAUAAUGCUGACGAUCUAGAUCGCAUAAUGUCGCUUGGCAAUAAAAAUCGUGUUGUUGGAGCUACCGCCAUGAAUGUAUCGAGCUCGAGAUCUCACGCAAUAUUUACCAUCACAGUGGAAUCUAGUCAGAUUGGUGAAGAUGGAGAGCAACAUGUAAAAAUGGGGAAACUCCAUUUGGUGGAUUUAGCCGGAUCAGAGAGACAAAGUAGAACGAAAGCUACCGGGAUACGGCUUCGUGAAGCCACUAAGAUUAACUUGUCACUAUCUACAUUGGGAAAUGUAAUAUCCGCAUUGGUCGACGGACAAAGUUCUCACGUGCCUUACAGAAAUUCCAAGCUGACCAGGUUGCUUCAAGAUUCAUUGGGUGGAAACUCGAAGACAUUGAUGUGUGCGAAUAUCAGUCCGGCAGACAUAAACUACGAUGAGACUAUAAGUACUUUACGUUAUGCUAACCGCGCGAAGAAUAUCAAAAAUCGCGCGAGGAUCAACGAAGACCCGAAGGAUGCUCUGCUUCGUCAAUUUCAAGUUGAAAUCGAACAAUUGCGCAAACAAUUGGAAGAGAACGGUGCGGAGCUCUCGGAGUCCGAGGAAGAGUCUGAGGAUUCGGAAGAAUCAAAAGAGACGAAGCGAGAGAGGAAGGUUCGACGUAGGAGAAGUCAAAUGCUGACAAUGGAAGAAUUGGAAGACGGAGACACAGACUCGACAGAGAAGAUCGAUAAAGCUGAGAGAAAUGAUAAAAGCCCCGUGGAUAAGGACGUCAUUGAAUUGAAGAGGACUCAAAGCGAGAAAGAAGCACUUCGAGAAAAAAUGCAAAAUUUGCAAAACAAGAUUUUAGUGGGCGGUGAGAAUCUAUUGGAGAAGGCGGAAGCCCAAGAACAAUUGCUGGCAGCCGCGGCGAUCGAACUUGAGCAGCGAAAAAGCAGAGAGGAACAACUGAAGAAGGCUAUCAAAGCGAAAGAGGCGGAACGCAUCGACAUUGAAGAGAAGUACUCCUCGCUGCAGGAGGAAGCAGCUGGGAAAACGAAGAAAUUGGCGCGGGUGUACACAAUGUUGAUGUCUGUCAAAGCAGAGUUAUCCGACUUGCAGCAGGAACACCAAAGGGAGAUGGAAGGCCUUCUAGAAGGUGUACGGGGAAUCGGUAGAGAAUUGCAACUACAGAAUCUGAUUGUGAAUCAUUACAUUCCCGUUCAGUAUCAGACGAUGAUCAAGAGAUAUGUUCAUUGGAAUGAGGAUAUUGGUGAAUGGCAGCUCAAAUGCGUGGCGUAUACGGGAAAUAACAUGCGUAAAGCGCAAACCGCAUCGCCAGCAGGAAAUAAUAAAGAUGCAGCUUCACCAGAUAUGUCAAACAUAUAUUUAUCUUAUAAUACUGGAAUAGACGAUACGUUCGUGCAACCGAAAAAAGUAAGAAGUCGUUCCGGUGUACCCAGGCCAACCACGGCGCAUCGGCGUACACCGCACUGAAGACACAGAUCCUCGACCACAAUGUCACAGAGGUUUAUCUCUUCUUAUACUUUUGUAGAUCUUUUUCGUUUUGGAUGCUCGCGUAUCCACGAUUCGUUUGCGAGAUCGUGCAGUGUAUCUUGUUGCUCGUAUCGACGAUUCGUGAUCAAAAAAGAUACGAAGAAUUAUGUAACACAUCCAUUUUAACGUUUCCGUCAACAUAAUUCGCGAUACAUAUAUUUUUAAGAUCUUGAAAUUUUUUUAUACAGUCAUGUGUCUCGAAAAUACGUGACCAUACAUCACACGUAUAUAUAUAUUCGAUUAAUUGAAGAUACAAUUUAACAUUGACUCGGUCAGUAGAAGCUGACAGUUAGUGCACACAAAUACUGGUUUAAAUAUUCGUUAUGAGAUGUAGAUAUAGUAGAUGUACCUAAAAACUAUUGAAACACAUUCCUUUCGUAUUUAGAACGCAUUAUAAGAGGUACAUAGGUAUUUUAUCUACAAGUAACAAAUCUUUUCUUUUUUCUUAAUUCACGAUAUAAACUAUUAGCACCUUCUCGACACACGAAAUUCAAAUUGUGUGUGUUUAAAUUACUAGAGAUACACAUUUUCGUGUUAACAAUAUACGAGAAAGAGCGCUAUUGACGUGGAAAACUAUAUAUAAGCCCGUU